CCAGCCUGAACUCAUAACACUGAGAAAGGCAAAGGACCAUUAAUGAAACUGAGAGAAGCUUGAACAAACAGGUCACUGGUGGUGCUGAGAGGUGAAUGAUGGAGCUGAAGGUGUGGGUGGAAGGUGUGGUCAGAGUGGUGUGUGGCCUAUCACUGAACACUUCCUGUCAGGAUGUCGUCAUAGCUCUGGCACAAGCAAUUGGUCAGACAGGUCGUUACAUUCUUAUCUUUAAGUUCAGAGGAACGGAGAGGCAGCUAGUUGCUGAUGACUGUCCUCUUCAGCUUCUGGCUCAGCUGGGACAGCUGGCUGCAGAGGUCCAGUUCAUUCUGCGGAGGACCGGUCCCAGCCUCAGUGACGGUCAAGACACACCCAAAAUAGGUAAACGUUUUCCCCCUCCAUCAGAACCAGAGCCCUUUAAACGCAGUGAGCCACACAAGGCUCUCACAUUUAGUCUGGGUCCCUCAACACAUCCUAAGAGGACUAAACCAAACAGGGCCUGGUCUCCAUCCCCCCAAGCCUCCCCAGAACUCCGAGCCUCCCCUGUCUCUUUCCUGGACCCCAUCAACCCUGUAAAGACAAUUCCCUCUUCCUCCCCCAAAGAGGAGGUGUUUAGGCAGAUUCUGCAGCAACAGAGGAGGCUACAAGAUCUGGAGAUUCAGCUUCAAGCUCUGGAGAGAGAGACAGAGGUGUGGGAGCUGGAAAGGUCAUCUGCUACAGUGCCUAGUCUGACUCGAAUACCCAAAGAGGAACUGGAGGAACUGGAACAGCGACUGAGGCAGAAUGAGGCAGAUCUGAUGCACAGAGAGCAGUGGGAAGAACAGUUACAGGCAGAGAUGGACAGAGAACGAGAUAUGCACAAACGUCUACACCAGAUACACUCAUCAAUGGAGGAUCACAGGUAUCAGAUCAAGGAGCUCCAGGCCCGUUCUGCACAUCUAGAGCAGGACGUACAGCUCAUAGCCCACAGACAAAACUCUCAGACGGGCAAUCUGAAGCCAGAGAAAACCCUGAGGCCUCUGAAGGAGGAGCUCCUCUACCGCCUGCAGCAGGGAGAAGAACUGGAAGCAACACUGACAGAAACACAGAGGGAACUACAAACAGCAGAGGAAAGGCUUCAGAGAAGGUGGGAGAUGAUUGAGGAGCUGAAUAAGGAGCUGAGACAGUGCAAGCUGCAGCAGUUUAUCCAGCAGACCGGCAGUUCACAUGCAGACCAGACAAACUCUCUGCCUGUCCCUACGGUUUACCUAAGCAACGCUGGUAUCAUGGAGGUAUAAUCAGGACAUCAUAAAGUGAAAGAAGAAGAAGAAGAAGAAGAGGAAGAAGUAAAAGAUAUUCUCCGAAACCUCUACGGCCGUCCAAACUGUGUGUGUGUGUGUGUGUGUGUGUGUGUGUGUGUGUGUGUGAGAGAGAGAGAGAGAGAGAGAGAGAGAGAGAGAGAGAGAAGCCAAUCACUGCCAGUUUCUUUGUGAAAAUUAAAAACAAGAUAAAAUUAAUGUCAGUGCUACUGAUAAAAAUGAAGGUUGUUUUUUUCCGUGUUAAUAUUUCACAUUUGAACUUGUUACAUCAAGUCUGUAUUGUCACGCAUUGCUCUCUGUUUUUGCUUCAGUGAAUGUUGACCAUAGACUGUAAAAAAUAAUGAACAUAGCUGUGACCUUACCAAUUGGUUUGUGGACUGUGGAGGCCUGGAGUUUAGCAUUCUGGCUGUCACCAUCUUGGGUUUUUGAAGUCAGAAGUGACCAUAUAUAUUUGUGCAAGAGGGUUGAGCUGUGGAGGAGCGAGGGGUGGAUCUAACUCACAGACUGUGGUGACGAUCUGCAGACAGCCUGUCACUCAGGCAACCCUGCCCUUAAAUAUGCAUAAUUGUAUCUCAAUAAAAUGUAACCAGUUGGGAUCUA